GACCUGGGCUCCAUCUCCACCACUGUUCCCAAAUCCAUGGCCAAUUCCCUCUGGGACACCAGAGCCAUCUCCUACACAGGAUGUGCUGCCCAAGUGUUUCUGUUUCUCUUUUUAGCUUCAGCAGAAUAUUGGCUCCUCACAGUCAUGUCCUAUGACCGCUACGUUGCCAUCUGCAAACCCCUGCACUACGGGACCCUCCUGGGCAGCAGAGCUUGUGUCCACAUGGCAGCAGCUGCCUGGGCCACUGGGUUUCUCAAUUCUCUGCUGCAAACAGCCAAUACAUUUUCACUGCCCCUGUGCAAGGGCAAUGCCCUGGGCCAGUUCUUCUGUGAAAUCCCCCAGAUCCUCAAGCUCUCCUGCUCACACUCCUACCUCAGGGAACUUGGGCUUAUCAUGUUUAGUCUGUUAAUCAGUUUUGGCUGUUUUGUGUUCAUUGUGGUGUCCUAUGUGCAGAUCUUGAGGGCCGUGCUGAGGAUCCCCUCUGAGCAGGGACGGCACAAAGCCUUUUCCACCUGCCUCCCUCACCUGGCCGUGGUCUCCCUGUUUGUCAGCACUGGUUCAUUUGCCUACCUGAAGCCCCCCUCCAUCUCCUCCCCAUCCCUGGACCUGGUGGUGUCAGUUCUGUACUCAGUGGUGCCUCCAGCAGUGAACCCCCUCAUCUACAGCAUGAGGAACCAGGAGCUCAAGGAUGCCCUGAAUAAACUAAUGGCGGGAUGCUUUUCACAAAUAAUAAAGUAUCCGUCAUCUGCUCUUUAA